AAUGAAAAAUCUGCCAAACUUUCACAAAACUCUUGGAUUUGUUUUAGACUCCAGGUUCCACGUUCUGCGUGUCCUGUAAACCCCUUCUUCACCGACCAUCAUCUGCUCAGCCUCAGCGCUGGUUUUCUUAUUGUCUCAUGUCUCUCCUGGUCAGAAACAUUUGGCCUUCACUUCCCUCAGUCACCCCGCUUCAGGCUCUGUUGCAGGCGGUGAUGAAUUUGCACACGAUGCGAGCGAAGGUAGUCACAAGGCUGGAUCACAUAUUCACUAUUUGCACCCUGGGUGGAUUUAAGAAGGAUAUGUAAGGACUGUUAAACUCGUUUUCAUCAAGAGGAGACAACAAAGCCUGGACGUUUCGGACAGCAAAAAAACAACAAAAAAACAAAACUGCGUUUUAAUGAACAAAACUUCAGCCUUCAAAGUUUGGACUUUUUAAACUACAUUUUUUUGUUGUUGCAUCCCUUCGAUUUGAAGGACUUUCCUAAAAUAUUUGUUCCUCUCCGAGACAUCAAGUCAUGUUCAUGAACAAGCCGGAGAAAAUUCCCCUGGUGACAGACCUGAAGACCUCAUACGAUGUAGUGGAAAGCGUGGCGUACCAAGAGCCAUCAAAGAUGAACAGCGCCGGUGGCACCAAGCACUGCCAUGACAACAGCCAUUCACAGGCGGAUCGCGAGGGAGAGAAGAAACAUGCCCGGAUGAGGUUGUAUCUGGUCUCCGUGAUCUGCCUGAUUUUCAUGAUCGGUGAAAUCAUCGGUGGGUAUUUUGCAGACAGUCUUGCAGUAAUGACGGACGCCGCCCACCUAAUGGCGGACUUAAGCAGCUUCAUCAUCAGCCUGAUAUCCCUCUGGCUGUCCUCCAGACCUGCCUCACACAAGCUCAGCUAUGGCUGGCAUCGUGCAGAGAUCUUGGGUGCACUGCUGUCAGUUUUCACCAUCUGGCUGGUAACUGGAGUGCUGGUGUACCUUGCUGUUGAUCGCGUCAUCAACGAUAACUACAACAUUGAGGGCACAAUUAUGCUCAUAACCUCUGGCUGUGGUGUGUUGGCCAAUAUUGUCAUGGCCCUCACGCUUCACCAGUCGGGCCAUGGCCACAGUCAUGGGGGUCUUAGCUCACAUGGGCACGGCCACAGUCACAAGAAAGGAAAAGGACAGAAACAGAUCACAGACCAUGCCAACUCAAAAGUUGACCGAAGAGGAGACCUGGAGCAUAAUGGGCACGCUCAUGGAGGGAGGGCUCAGCAGGCCAACGCCAGUUUGCGAGCUGCGUUCGUCCAUGUGGUGGGAGAUCUUCUGCAGAGCAUCAGUGUGCUUGUUAGUGCCAUCAUUAUCUACUUCAAGCCAGAAUAUAAGAUUGCUGACCCCAUCUGCACAUUCCUGUUCUCAAUCUUUGUCUUGUGCACAACCUUCACCAUCAUGAGGGAUAUUGUCGUCGUCCUGAUGGAAGGUACUCCAGCUGGUGUGAAGUACAGUGAGGUGAGGGGUCACCUGCUAUCAGUAAAGGGGGUUACAGCUGUCCACAAUCUUAACAUCUGGGCCCUCACCAUGAACCAGGCUUUACUAUCUGCACAUGUGGCUAUAGACGAGUCAGCGGAUGCUCAGACUGUCCAAAGAGAAAUAACACAGGCUUGCUUUUCCUCCUACAACUUCCACAGUGUUACAAUACAAAUGGAGCGACAGUCGGACCAGAAGCCUGACUGUAAACUGUGUGAGGACCCCAAGAUGUAGCAGCAGAAUAAGGCCAAGGGACAGCUGCUAUAACCUCAGUUCACAACAUUUAGUCUUUCUGCACUGCUUCUAUAGGACCCUGAAGUCUGACAUUUAAUGAUAAAGUCUCAUGACUUUGUGUUGACACUAUCAAAGAUAUGUGCCUGAAUGAAAGAUCAAAUGAUUUUAGAAGGAAUGCCCUUUGGAAGUUUUAACUUGCUUUAAACUUUGAUAUUCAUUGUCUUUUCUUUUUAGUUUUUUCACGAUACAAUAUAAAUUACAAUGCAUUGUAGAAAGUUAAAGUUUAUCUUUAAUGAAUAUGGUUUUACAUGAUUGAGUGUGUUGAGCAACUUUGAAAUUUAUAUGUCUUAUCUACUUCCCUGAACCUACAUCGUAACUACAGUUUACCUCAUGACCUCAUGGGGAGCAUUCAGACCAUGGCUAAAGUAUUUUAUUUUUUAAGUAUUUACUUACUGCAUCAACCUGAACAAUAGUAUGCAGCCAUAAGCAAUGAAACAUGGUCUUGUAUGUAAAUAUAUACAUCAAUAAAUAUUUCUAUGCAUGGACUACUAACCAGCAACCUCAAACGUACUCUCUGUUGGGAGCAGCAAGUGUUUUUUUUAAUACGUGGUCAAAAUGCCUUUCAUUGUCUUUGUAAAGUUCUAAUGCACAAGCGGAAAUAAAAUACUCAAUAAAAUAUUCUUUUUUCAAAUA